AGAGACAGCAGGAACUGAAAGGAGAAAAAAACAGUUCCACUGAAACAUCUGUCAAAUUGACUUCGUGCGGUGCUAUACACACAGAGAGAGGCAGUAGCACAUAGAAAAAAAUCAACAGAUUAUUAUUGUUAUUGUGGAGUAGUGCGAAAGAUACAUGGCAUUUUUCUCUAUCUAUUGUUGUUGCCAUUUGUGUGUCAUUAUAGUAUUUGAUGUUAUUGACGAAUACGGCGCUGCAAAAAUCGACCAAAAACAGCAAAAAAAAACACUCACACUCUCUCUCCCGAUAUUCCAAAUUAUUCUAACCAUUUUGAUAUUCAUCGCAGUGUAUUGUUAUUGUUUGUAACAAAUUGAAUUGUAAUUGUUUUGUGUGAACGCAAAAAGAUUGCGAUAAAUCGGAGUGUGUCUGUGUGUGUGUGUGUCUGAAUAUUUUUUCGACGUCUUCUUCUUCUUCGAAAGUGCCAUGGUUCGAUGUUUUUAAGUGUUUCAAACGAAAAAAAAAAUGAAAGGUCCAACGCAGUAAUGGGUAGCCAGUUAAAGGUGCAGAAAAUUCGGCUGAAACAAAACGAACUGUGAAACCAUUGACUUAAACUCUAUCUCUCACACACACCCGAAACACUACGAUACAAAUGAAUUGAACGGAAUAAUUUUUUUUUUCGGUUUCUGCGUUGUUUUGUGAUAAAAGAAAUUUGGUUUUGUUCAAUUUCAAUGACAGAUAGCGUAAAACAGAUGAUCCAUAAACAAGUUUUUUGCGUUUCAUUUUGGUGUACGGCCACUGUUUACAAUGGAUAAAUUCGCUGCUACAGCUCCUACUACAGAUGAAACAAUAAACAAUUCGCCAAAUAAUUCGAAGCAUGUGUACAAAAUGCACGACAGCAGUCAGAUUGCAUACACAUUGGAUGUUGUAUGCAUGAAUUCAAGCAAUAACAAUAAUAAUAACAAUGAAAAAAUGGACGAUGCAAAUCAAACGACGACGACGACAACAACAACAACAACCGCUGCAUCGAAUCAAAAAUUCAACACAUCAAUGCGACAAGAUUCGAUCAAUAGUGAAUUUUCCACAUUAACCGAUUCAAAUCCGAUGAAUACGGCAGAGACGGUGGUAAUGGCUGACGAACAGCACAGAAAUAGUAUUGAGUUGCGAGCUGACGAUGAAUACUCGAUCAACGACGAUAAUCAAUCCAGUGAUGAAGAGGCAUCCGAUAACAAUUCCACCGACAAUAUAUCGUUUGUGAGCGAGGAUAUUGUUGACAAUGUCAUUUUGCUACCGAACAAUUUCCUUUCGGACGAUGAGUCAACCAAUUCGGAUGAUGUAGUGUAUGCGUAUCGUGGUGCCGAUUUUGAACCCAUCCAUGUGGGCAUCGAUGUGAAUGCAGACGAAGAGACUGACUAUUUAGAAAUGGAUUUUGAACCAGAUCCAGCAUCUGAAAUUGAACCGGAACCAAAUCAAUCGAUCGAACCAAACAACUGUAUCCAUAUGGCUGGCUCAUCGCCUAAUUUCAAUGCACCGAAUUUAUUCAACAACAUUUCAAAUACUCUAAACAAUGAAGCGGCUAAUGGGCGCGUCGAUCUAAAUAUAGAACGCACAGGUGUACACAAAAAUUGGCUGGCACCGAUCGAAGUACGACUGAAUGGCAUCUACAAAGAAGCCAACACGGCGUCGACGGCAUGCAAUCGAACCAAUUGCAAUGAAAACAGCCAUGACAAUGGAACCAUUUACACGGUCAAUAAUAAUAAUAAACUUGAAGCAAAUGCGGAUUCAAUGGAAAAGGAAAGCAAUAAGUCAUUAGCGGCUAAGGAAAAUACGAAUAAAUUGGUAACAAACCGAAAUGGAGAUGAAAAUUCACCGUAUUAUGAUAAUACGGUAUCAUUGUCGAAUCGCAAGUAUACCGGCACCAUACCAAAGACAAAUAAAAUUCACAUUCGAUCGACUCGAUCGAAAACGGCCAUUCCGACGGAGUUCGUGGUCAAUGGCAAUGGCCGCACGUUUGAAUCUCAUGUCGCUGGCACGGCACAUAGCUCAUUGGAAUUGUGGUCAAAUCAAAACAGUCAAACACAAUACAAACGAUGGAAAAUUUCGGAUCGGGAAAAACCGACCACCUCAGCAUCGUAUUGUGAUAAUUUAGGUGGUUUGAUCGAUGCAUCGAACUGUGAUACGGGCAGUGGUUACACCAAACGCACCGUUACAGCCGCAAGGUCAAUGUCAUUCCCAAACGAAGACCUUUUGGACCAAAGAAUACCAACAGCCGCUAUCAAAUCGAUUGUUUGCGCACCUAUUUGCAAGCGUGAAACUGAGAAUGACGUCGAUCAAUCCGUUUCGGUCACUUUUGAAAGCAUAUAUUGCACCAUUGAUACGAUUAUCAAAGCGCUUGAGAAAAUUCACGUUCUUCCAGAUUUGCGGGUAUUACAAAAGGCGUUACGCGAUGAUGAGGGCAAGGUGUCACAAAUGAAUAUUCCCGAGUAUUUGGUUUAUGCAUCGAAACGAUACUGCAAUUACAAAGCAAUUAUAGCUGCCAUUCAGCAAGCUUGCGAUGAUGUCGAUGUUAAAUAUUUUUCGCCUGCCGAAGAUGUAAUUGAAACUGUACACAUUCCCGUUCGGAUGAUAGCUGCUCGACUGUCAACAAAUGGAAGUCUCACCAACAUUCUUUCAAUCAAAAACAAACGGUUCCAUCAAAUGAAUGUGCUGGGUAAAAUUGUCAACAUGAUUCGAAGAUUUCCGAAUAUGCGGGACGAGCUAAUUCACAACGAGUUCAUAACAAUUCCUCAAUACUAUCGCAGUGGUGUGAUUUGCAUAAGCAAGAAGAAAUCGUCAAAUCAGAUUUAACGACAUCGGACAAUAUGGACCCGUUUUGUUACAAUGCAACCAUCUAUCUAAGUGGAAUUUCCUAUUUAUUUCGUUUCUAUUCACUACUAAAGUCUGUUUUCAAAUUAUUAUUCGCAAUGAUAACAAUAGAAUGUUAUUUGUCACAAACUAUUCUGCGCUAGAUUCGAAUUAGUCGAUCGACAUUAUGGCUCAGAGAUACAUUGAAUUAGUCUUAAGACAGUUGAAAACAAAUUGUGACGGAACAAAGUGUUGAGUUUAAUCUAGUUGACAUUAAGUCUUAAGCAACCAUUUGCAUUUUUAUAGCAUAGUCAUCUCUCUUGGCCAUGAUUUUUCAACGAAUUAAUACAAAUAGUCUUCAUUUCCUUAUACACUCAAUCUUUUGCCGAGCAUCUGAAACGGACUUGAAAAACGUAUUGAAGGAAACUCAAAUAAAUAUACUUUUUAAAUUAUUCCACUAUCCAAAAUUUAAUCCAAUGAAGCAAGCAAGAAAAACCAACACAAUUUUAUAUACAAUUUUAAUAUUAGCAUUGAUCAAUGUUAGGAAAUACCCAGCAAAAAUGCACACACAAAUCAACGGCACACAAAUAAGUUGAUUUGCUAAAUUAAUUCGCAAUAAAACCAAGCAUAAUAAGAAUCCUA